AUGGCCAAGAGAUUGAAAAGAGGUGUCUGCGUGAAGAUCAACCACUUCCCGGAGGACACGGACUACGACCAUGACAGCGCGGAGUACCUGCUCCAGGUAAACCUGGCAGCUGCUGUGGUAGCCCUGCAGAGCCUGACAGCCAUGGCCUUGGGCUGCCUCUGUGUCAUCAUGGUACUCAGUAAAGGUGCAGAAUUCCUGCUCCGCUUGGGAGCUGUCUGCUUUGGCCUCUCAGGCGUGCUGCUCUUCGUCAGCCUGGAGGUAUUCCGGCAUUCCGUUAGAGCCCUGCUUCAGGGAGCCAGCCCUGAGACGCCCCCAGCUCCACGCCACUUGACCAAUGAGUAUUCCUGGUCCCUGGGCUGUGGCGUGGGUGCCGGCCUGAUCCUGCUGCUGGGGGGAAUCUGUUUCCUGCUACUCACCCUGCCUUCCUGGCCCUGGGGGUCACUGUGUCCCAAGCGGGGUGACCCGACCACCUAG